AUGAAUCCAGAAAAGAAGGACGUCGACGUCGAGUCGGAGGGCGAUAAGCUCAAAGAUGAUGAUCGUACUGGACGCUCCACGAAGAUCACCUUCGAGCAGGGCUCCACCGCAGAGGGAGCUCGGUCGAUCUAUCAGCCGACUCAGGUCACUCGGCCUCGCUCACUGAGCCGUGAUACCAUUCGCAGCACCAGAAGCAGUAUGCAGGGAAAUGCUGAACUGCCAAUUGAGUUCCGAACCCUUGCCAUUCAGAUUUCCGAAUCCCAGAACGCCCCCAAGGAGGCCAUUGUCGACCCACCAAAGGAGAAGCAGCCCCACCAAGACUACUUCGAGAGCUUGGACUACCACAUCAUCUCCACCGACAAGCUAUGUCAAGAGUUCAAUGUUGAUCAGCGUACUGGUCUGAGCUCGUCCGCUGCAGCCGUACGUUUGCAGCGAGAUGGCAAAAAUGUCAUCGCCCACCACAAGGAGAAUUACCUCAAGAAGAUCUUCUGGUAUGUCUUUGGUGGAUUCUGUUCGGUUCUUUGGGUUGGAGUCGUCAUCUUCUUCAUUUGCUGGAAGCCCCUCAGUGACCCCCCCUCGCCUCAAAACCUUGCCAUGGCUGUCCUCAUUCUCAUCGUCAUUGCUUUGCAAGCAAGCUUCUCAGCUUUCCAAGAUUGGUCCACUGCGCGUGUCAUGAACUCCAUCCUAGAUCUUCUCCCCGCAGAAGCCAUGGUGAUGCGUGAUGGGAAACUCAUUCACCUCCCUGCCUCGGAUCUGGUUGCUGGUGACAUCGUUCAGAUUGCAAUUGGAAACAAGGUCCCAGCCGACAUGCGUCUCUUGACCAGCUCGGGCGAUGUUCGCUUCGAUCGUGCUAUUCUAACAGGUGAGUCGGACGAGAUUGAAGGUGCCAUUGAUUGCACCGAGAACAACUUUUUGGAGACUCGCAACAUUGCCCUCAUGGGAACCGGUGUCACUAAUGGCAAUGCUGUUGGCGUUGUCGUUCUGACCGGCUCCAACACCGUUAUGGGCCGUAUUGCGUCCAUGACAGCUGGAGUCAAGCAAAAGAAAACCUUGAUUCAACGUGAGAUCAAUCGCUUCGUCACAAUUAUUGUCGUUCUUACAGUCUUCUUGGCUUUGCUCAUUCUAUUCACCUGGCUGGGAUGGCUGCACAAGGAUCACCCUAGUUACAUGAGUGUUGUGGCCAUGCUGAACAAUGUCAUGGGAUGUAUUGUUGCCUUCAUUCCCGAAGGUGUGCCUGUCGCCGUCGCCUUGACCCUCAUGAUGAUUGCCAAGCGGAUGAAGAAGACCAACAUUUUGCCCAAGGGACUGGCAACCGUGGAGACUCUGGGCUGUGUGAAUGUACUCUGCUCUGAUAAGACCGGCACUCUCACCCAAAACCGUAUGUUUGUCAAGUCACUCGGAAUGGUCGACUGGGAAUAUAGCCUCGACGAUUUAACUCCUGGAGAGUUCGGAGCUGUUGAUCUUCCCGAAGGCCUACGAAAUAUGCUCCGAGCAUCUGUUUUGUGCAAUGAUGCUGUCUUCGACCCAACUACGAUCAAUCUACCCGUUCAUGAGCGUACUGUCAAUGGCAAUGCUACUGAUGCUGCAGUUUUGAGAUUUGGUGACAGUGUUGGAUUGACCAACCCGACUGCCCUGGCUCCAUAUGAACGUGUGCACCAGAUCCCCUUCAACUCGAAGAACAAGUGGAUGCUUACCCUGCACCGUGAUCCCAAAUCUACCAAGGAGUUCAUUAUCUACGUUAAGGGAGCACCAGAUGUGCUCUUGGAUCGUUGCGCUACCUACUGGUCUGCUACUCACGAUGCGAUCCGUCCACUAGAUACCACAGCGCGCGAAAAAUUCUCGAAUUACCAGGCCAAGCUAUCACGCCGCGCAGAGCGCGUCAUUGUCAUCUGCCAACGUCGCUACAUCCCACAGUCUGCCCCUGGAUCAAAUGAUUUCACCAAUGAGAUGAUCGAGAACGGUGUACAGGAUCUCACAGUCCUCGGCAUCUUCGGUAUUGUCGAUCCCCCACGCCCCGAGACGGCCUCAACUGUUGCAGCUUGCCGCAGGGCCGGUAUCCGUUUCUUCAUGGUUACCGGUGACUUCGGAUUGACCGCGGCUGCCAUCGCUCAAGAGAUUGGAAUCUAUGACGGAGAAGCCGUGCCUGAUACCAUCGAUGAUCUCAAGGAUGGCCUGGAUCCAACAAUGGAAACCAAAGUCCCCCGUUCACGACACAGCCUACUUCUCGAAGGACCUAGCCUGUCAUCGCUGGGUACGGACGACUGGGAAACAGUCUGCGGCUACGAAGAGAUUGUUUUCGCUCGCACCACCCCUGAGCAGAAACUCCGCAUUGUGUCAGAACUCCAGGCUCGUGGCUACGUCGUUGCUGUGACAGGUGAUGGUGUCAAUGAUGCUCCAGCUCUUCGUGCAGCAGAUGUCGGUAUAGCAGUCGGAUCUGGCAGUGAUGUUGCCAUUGAGGCAGCUGAUCUCGUACUCUUGGACAAGUUCGACUCUAUCAUUGAGGCUAUUCGUCUUGGUCGCUUGGUCUUCCAGAAUCUGCAGAAGGUUAUCGCCUACCUACUCCCAGCAGGUAGUUGGUCCGAAAUCUGGCCCGUCAUCAUGAACGUCUUCUUCGGCUGCCCUGCUCCCCUCAGUACCUUCCUCAUGAUCAUUGUCUGUGUGUUCACCGAUCUGUUCGUUUCUCUCGCCCUCAUCAUGGAGAAAGAAGAGUUCGACCUCCUCAGCCUGCCCCCUCGCCGUCCCACCAAGGACCACCUCAUCAACCUCCGCAUCUACGGCCAGUCGUACCUGUUCGUCGGUGUGAUGGAAACCUUCAGUGCCCACGCCAUGUUCUUCUUCUACAUGUGGCGCCACGCCGGUAUCUCCUUCUCCGACCUCAUCUUCGCGUUCGAGAGCUACGGCGAGGGCUUCCACGGAUACACCGCAGACGAGCUGAAUCACUUUGUCGCCGUCGGCCAGUCUGUCUACUUCGUGACCCUGGUCAUCAUGCAAUGGGGCAAUGUCUUGUCAGUCCGCAGCAAGCGCAUGUCCCUUCUUCAGGCCGAUCCCAUCCGUCCAGCCCGUCGCAACGUGUGGCUUCCUCUGUCCAUCAUCAUUUCCCUGAUCAUCGCCAUCUUCGUCACUGAAGUCCCCGGCAUCCAGAGCAUCUUCGGUACCGCCUCAGUCCCCAUCAUGUUCUGGUGCAUCCCACUUGGUCUUGGAAUGGGUGUCCUUUGUAUGGAUGAACUGCGCAAGCUGCUUGUCCGAGCCUUCCCCAAGGGCCCUAUUGCCCGGAUCUCGUGGUAA